CCUUCACCCGGAAUAAACCCAGGAACACGGAGCGCGUCCACACCGCGCUCGUCCUGUGGGAAUCAGAAAUCAGUUGUGUUUGGCUGUGAGCGUCAAACCGGCCGAGCUCUGCAGUAAAGAGAGGGGGAAAAAGAGACAGAGAGACAAAGAGUGUGAGGAGAGGGAGAUGGGUACGAGGGCGGGUAGUUAUCCGUGAUUGUUUCUGUGGAAGACGGUGAAGUUCUUCGGCUCGGAUCUUUUCUCCAGGUAGUUGAGUGUGUGAUUGUGUGUUCAGCAUGAGUAACAUCUACGAGUCCGCAGAGGCCACGCUUGGUUUUAUCAGCUCUCCAUGCCUGACCAAGGUGGAGCUCAGAGUCGCCUGCCGGGGGAUCUCCGACCGCGACGCUCUCUCUAAACCUGAUCCUUGCGUGGUCCUGAAGAUGCAGUCGCACGGGCAGUGGUUUGAGGUGGACCGCACAGAGGUGAUCCGCAGCAGCAGCGGCCCGGUCUUCUCAAAGAUCUUCCUGGUGGACUAUUACUUUGAGGAGGUCCAGAGGCUCCGCUUUGAACUCCAUGACAUCAGCUCUGCCAAUAAUGGCCUCCGCGAUGCGGACUUCCUGGGUGCCAUGGAGUGCACCUUAGGACAGAUCGUGUCGCAGAGGAAACUGACCAAAGCCCUUCUCAAACAGGGAAACACGGCUGGAAAGUCGUCUAUAACGGUGACAGCUGAAGAAUUGUCUGGUAACGACGAUUACGUUGAACUCUCUUUCAGCGCUCGUAAACUAGACGACAAGGAUUUCUUCAGCAAGUCCGACCCUUUCCUUGAGAUCUUUAGAGUGAACGAUGACGGUACGGAGUCACUCGUGCACAGAACUGAGACGGUCAUGAACAAUCUGAGCCCUGUUUGGAAAUCCUUUAAAGUUUCCUUGAACACACUCUGCAGUGGUGACCAUGACAGGGAGCUAAAGUGCACAGUUUGGGACUGGGACUCAAAUGGGAAACACGAUUUUAUCGGGGAGUUUCAGACCACAUUUAAAGAAACAAGGGCAGAGCAGGAGGGAAAGCAGAUUCAGUGGGAGUGCAUCAACCCCAAAUACCAGACGAAGAAGAAGAAUUACAGAAACUCUGGUGUUGUCAUACUCAAUCACUGUAAGAUCAUCAAAAUGUAUUCCUUCCUGGAUUACAUCAUGGGAGGCUGUCAAAUUCAAUUCACAGUGGCAAUAGACUUCACAGCAUCCAAUGGGGAUCCCAGAAACAGCUGCUCCCUCCAUUACAUCCACCCCUACCAGCCAAAUGAGUACCUUAAAGCUCUCGUGGCUGUCGGGGAGAUCUGUCAAGACUAUGACAGUGAUAAGAUGUUCCCAGCAUUUGGCUUUGGAGCUCUGAUUCCACCUGACUUCAAGGUUUCGCACGAUUUUGCUGUGAACUUCGAUGAGGACAAUCCCGAAUGUGCUGGGAUCCAGGGUGUGGUGGAGGCCUACCAGAAUUGCCUCCCCAAGAUUCAGCUGUACGGGCCAACCAACAUCGCCCCAAUCAUCCAGAAAGUGGCUUCGUCCGCCUCAGAGGAGAUGCACACCAAAGAGGCCAUGGAAUAUUUCAUCCUGCUGAUACUGACAGAUGGCGUCAUCACCGACAUGGCUGACACACGGGAGGCCAUCGUGCACGCCUCUCAUCUGCCCAUGUCCGUCAUCAUCGUCGGCGUCGGCAACGCAGACUUCACAGACAUGCAGAUCCUGGACGGAGACGACGGGAUCUUGCGCUCGCCCAAGGGAGAGCCUGUUCUCCGCGACAUCGUCCAGUUUGUCCCUUUCAAGGACUUCAAACACGCCUCCCCAGCUGCACUGGCUAAGAGUGUUUUGGCAGAAGUCCCGAACCAGGUGGUGGACUAUUACAACGCUAAAGGCAUCAAACCCAAGUGCAUGUCAGACUACGAGUCCACGAGAACGUUCAGCCCCUGACAAUGGACUACAUGCGUACACACACACAAAAUACAUAUAUACAGUGUACUGUAUAUCAUAUAUAUGUAUAUAUAUAUAUAUAUAUAUAUAUAUACAUAUACAUUUAUUUACUGUAUAAUGCAUAUACACAUGCAAAAGCACAAGCACACAUACACACAUAGUCAUGUACCCUCAGCUGUCUUAUACAAUAGUCUAGCUCAGAGAAAUAGCUCGUUCUGGUGAAGCAGUUUGAACUACUCCAUUGCAUGAGUGAUCCUGGCAUCACCUUGAAAAUUAUUACUAUUAUCUACUGUAUAUUCAAAAGAUAUUUGUAGGAAUAAGAGCAGUCUUCUGAGCCAGCAUGCAGACUCAAACCAUAGCCCACCCAAAGAAAUGACACUCUUACCUUAUUCAGAUAACUAGCAAGUAUAGGACGAAAGAUCUGUGAGUAGACAACCCCAAAUAUGUGACUGCAUAGUGUGAAAUGCUUAGUAUUAGCAUUGCAAAUCUUAUUAUGGAAUGGAGGCACCCCUGUUAGUGUACUGCAUAAAUGCAUGCAUAAUUCUGCAUCUGCUAUUAUCCAGUCUGUGGUACCAGCUUGCUAGUUAUGAAAUAAAGUAUCCCUGUCAUUCAAGAGACAUUCAAGGGUGUCUCGGGUGUUUUGGGGUCUUUUCUACAGGUUUGUUCGACAUUUUGCUAAAUGGAAAUAAACGACAUAAAAUAUUGUAAUAAUUUCUUAUUAACCUUCUUACAUUGUAAAGAGUUUUGGGGAGGGUAGACAAGCAUGUGUGGUAGGCAUUCAUCUGUGAGCAAAAACUAUUUCUGUAAUCUGCAUGUUGAUUAUAAUAAAGACACUGAUUUUCUCAUG